GUGUCUGUGAGAGGUGCCACAGGAUUACAUAGAGGAGCUGGGAACACCCAGUGCCCAAGGCAUAGUUUAUCGAAAAGUAGCUCUAAAUGUAGGUGAAGAUUAUAGUUCCUUUCACUUACUAAGCUCCUUAUUUUGAAGCAGUGGAUAGCAUGUGGCUACACUUCUUCACCUGUCUCGGCAUUUCUGGACUGGCUCUGGUCUUUGCACAAAGACCAGAUGUUGAUGAUUCCAAAAAGGAUAAGGAGUUUCAACAAAAUCCUGACUCCAGCCAACCGCACAGGAGUGUUCAUAAGCCACCAAAGCCUGCUGGUGAUGUCCAUUUUGUGGCUUCCUUUGACACAGAUGGUUUUGAAGGGUGGGUAGUAUCUGAAGCUGCAAACGACGAUACCGGUGACAACAGAUAUGACGGAAUGUGGGCUGUAGAAGAAUCUUAUAACCAGAAGAUCCCAGGAAACAAAGGACUCGUGCUGAAAUCCCGUGCCAAACAUCACGCUAUUGCUGCAAAUUUGCAGAAACCCUUCCCUUUCAAAAACAAGCCUCUCAUUGUGCAGUAUGAAGUACAUUUCCAGGAUGGGAUUCAGUGUGGGGGUGCAUAUCUGAAGUUGCUGUCUGAAGAUGAUCAGCUUGAUCUGAAAAAGUUCUUUGACAAAACCCCUUACACCAUCAUGUUUGGACCAGACAAGUGUGGCCACAACUACAAAUUGCACUUCAUAUUCAGACAUAGGGAUCCAGUAACAGGUGCAUUUGAGGAGAAGCAUGCCAGGAAACCGGACGUGGACCUCCAAAGUUACUUCACCGAUAAAAGACCUCACCUGUACACACUGAUUGUGAGACCAGACAACAGCUACGAGAUACGAAUUGAUGAAAUAUCUGUGAGUAAAGGAAGCUUCUUUCAUGACAUGACUCCAUCUGUCAACCCUCCCAAAGAGAUUGAAGAUCCCAGCCAUCAAAAACCUGAAGACUGGGAUGACAGGCCUCAGAUAGCCGACCCAGAGUCAGUGAAACCCAAUGACUGGGAUGAGGAUGCUCCCCGCAAAAUCCCAGAUCCCACUGCUGAGAAGCCUGAUAACUGGCUGGAUGAGGAACCAGAAUACAUUCCAGAUCCUGGAUCUAAGAAACCUUCAGAUUGGGAUGUAGAAAUGGAUGGUGAAUGGGAAGAACCAAGGAUCCCAAACCCUCUGUGUAAGACUGCGGGCUGUGGAACUUGGACACACCCCAUAAUCGCCAAUCCUGACUACAGGGGCAAGUGGAAGGCACCAAUGAUUGACAAUCCCAAAUAUAAGGGAGCAUGGAUACCUCGAACGAUACCUAAUCCAAACUAUUUUGAGGAUACAAACCCAUUUGAAAUGACUUCAAUCGGUGCAAUUGGACUGGAGCUCUGGUCACUCACUGCCAACAUUAUGUUUGACAAUUUUAUUGUCUCAUCCGAUGAGGAGGUUGUCAAGCAGUGGGUGAAAGACACGUGGGCAAAAACAAAAGCAGCCUACAAUGCAGAUGAACCUGGUUUGAUUAUGCAGCUCCUUAUGGCAGCAGACAAGCGUCCGUGGCUCUGGGGAGUCUACAUAUUCACAGUUGCCCUUCCAGUUAUCUUAUUCAUUAGCUUAUAUUGGCCAAAUGUGCGGUUUGGGCACCCUGAUAAUUAUUACUACAAAAAGACAGAUGAUGUGCAGUUUGGUGAUGAAGAAAAACUGGUUACAAAAGAACAGUCUCAGCAGUCAGGUAACCCUUCACAUGUUCAACAAGUUAAUGACGAGGAGACUAAUGGGAUGAGAAAACAAAGUGCCCUGAGAGAAAUGAAAGCAGAUUUGGAAAUAUCUGCACAGGCACAAGGGGGCGGCGAGCCGGAUCUGGGACAGAUUCCAGUCGAGGAGAUUCUGCGUCAUCGCAAGACCAGGCUGGAGUAAUGCGCAGAAGAUUUGCCCUGUCAAAAAGAUGGACUCUUAUGCAGAAUAUUCACCAGUUAGGCUUAGAGCUUUGCAGAAAACCUUUGGACAUUUCUGAAGAAACACACCUAAUUGCUAUAAAUACAAGCUGCACAUCAGAUAUUAGAAAGAUGUUUUUAAUUUGUAACAAGAAGAUAAAAGUAUUCUUUAUUUUUUGUUUAUACUUUUCCUGGAAACAUUAGCAAGAGUAAAACUUUCCACGUUAUUACGUUGUGAUAAAAUUAAACAUUUUUCUUCUCUUCUUUGAAAUGAGAGAGAAUGGAUUUUUGUUGUAUGUUGAUGCAAUUCUCAGGACCAAUUAUGGCACAGAUGAUGAGAUAUUCCAUCAAGGUAGGGUUACAAAAUUCUCUCAGUCCUUGCAAGCAUCUUGUACCAUACUUCACUAAACUCAUGAUAAAGCUCCCAGCAAUAUCUCCUUGAUGUUUCUACCAGCAGAUUUGUGAUUAGUACGGUGUCAAGGAUUGUGGG